UUAGCUAAUGGCGAACAAAGGUAAACUGUAUGGGUUUCUUAGCUCUAACUGAUAACUCACUAUCGAUCAUAGCUUUUAGACGAUACGCUCACUCCGGACGAUGCCAUCGAAGUCCUGGAAGAGCUACUUCCGGCGCAGAACGAGUCCUACGCCCUCGGACUCAAGUUCAAACUACCCCAGAGCGAUGUGCAGGGAAUCCACGAUACUUACUCUAAGCCACGCAACCACCUCCUCCAAAUUCUGAUCGAGUUCUUUAAGCAAACGGACCCCAAGCCGUCAUGGAGGGUCAUUGUCGAAGCUCUAAGGAGUCGUGCAGUAAAUCAAUCAGCACUUGCUACCACGGUGGAAUCAGCUCGUCCCCAUCACCGUGAGGCAGCCACGGUGGAAUCAGCUCGUCCCCUUCACCUUGAGGAGGCAGUAGAAACAGAUCAAAGUAUGGAGGAAGUGAGAUCUCGGGUGCUUGCAUUUCGUCAAAGAUUCAAUGUAAUAAAACAAGCAACUAUAAAACGUCUUAUAGCGUGCCAGAUCACUGUAGCUUCAAUGGUUUUCUGGCUAACAUCAAUCAGAGCAUUAGGUGAGCACAGAGUAUUUCUUGAGGGGAACCUCAACGCUCUGGGACAGUACCCAGAUCACUGGGUAUUGUUUGGAAAGUUGAACUUAUAUUGGAACUACCUGGCCUACGACCUGUUGCAUCAACUCCUUAAGGUCCUCACUACUCAGUUUAGAGAAUUCAGGACUAAUAGUGAGGUCAUAGCUGAAUACAAGAAAGAUUUGGAAGAGUUUAAACAAAAUACACCCUUGAAAGUCUUUUGUAAGGCUGAGCCCAUGCCUUUGUCGGCAGCAAGAUACUCCGCCACCAGGUUUCCAGGAGAUGGUGGGUGAAUUCAAUUGGUCGGAAAAUGUCACACUUGAGGAAGUUGAGCAGUUCCGGAAACGCUAUGCCAGAGAGUACAAUCUUGAGGAUUGUGCUAUGAUGGUGAACAGCAUUAUGCCAGGGUCAUUCGUUGUCACUUGGUUUAUACCAGUUUCCAUCAUUAGACUACUAAGUCAGGAGACUGACAGAGCAGUAAAUCUGUUUGAGGAGUUCGAAGUAACAAGGCUAGAGAUAGCUGGGAAUUGUGUCUACCACUCAUCGUUUCAAAAGUGAGUGAGCAAUCACCCGGAAAUUCUACAAAAACGACCAUAACCUUUCCCCUAGGUGGCUCCUUCUCUCCUCCCCUUUACCAAUGAAACAUCGACUGAAAGAACAGAGCUGACACAAAAUUCAGCUGAAAGUCAGGAUAUUGAAUUAUAUGAAGUACGCAAUGAGCACAUUACAAUAGAUGAACAUGAACUCAUUAGGACAGGGGAGGAUGUUGUGAUGCAAGUAGGACAACUCGUAAAAGCAGUGGAAGAGCUCUACAAGAAGAUCAAUGUAGAUUUUAAAAGUGGAGUUUUGUAUCAUAACUGCAGUAGUCACUGCAAUGAGUAUGUAACCUGUGGUCAAAUUGUGCUGUAUUUUGUCAUAAUAAUAUAAUUAUUGCCAAAACCUGUGUAGCUAUAUUAUUGUUCACUUUAAGUUG